GCCUCCCCGCCGGCGCAACUGUUUGCUUUCUUCCCCAUUUCCCCAACGCUCACCAUUUUCACGACUCCCCAUUCCUCUUUUUCCGCCAUUCCUUCAUUCUCCCCUUCUGUCUUCACCGCCAAACCCGCUUCUAAAUUUAGCUUUCCCAACCGAAAAUGGCCCUUUCCGCCGCCCACUGGUGACGACACCACUAUAUCACGGCCUUUCCAACGCUCCCCUGCCGCAGAUUUUUCGUCCAUAAAAUGCGUUUUCCAUUCGCUUAUUCCGAUCACAGAGGCAUGGCUUCCUCUAAUUCCAAAAACAAGAGUGGCAGAGAUUCCGUCCCGGACGCCCUUGUCUUCUUCGCCGGAGUUCUGAUGGCUUUGGUACUCGUUUGGGCUCUGUGGUGUUUAUUCACAACCCCCACCGUCGACUCUGUUUCAUUUUCCGGCGACUCUAUUCCGGCCAGAAGGUAUGCUGUUGCCGGAGUUUCCGCCGGCUGUAACGGGACCGUGGGUUUCGACCGGCUCCGCGACCCGGCCGGCCGGAAUUUCUACGAUGACCCGGAUUUGAGCUACACCAUCGACAAGCCGGUGAGGAACUGGGACGAGAAGAGGAGGCGGUGGCUGGAGCAGCACCCGUCGUUCAUCCCCGGAAUCGAGACCCGGAUUCUCAUGGUCACCGGGUCUCAGGCGAAGCCGUGCCGGAACCAGGUCGGCGACCAUCUCCUUCUCCGGCUGUUCAAGAACAAGGUGGAUUACUGCCGAAUCCACGGGUACGAGAUCUUCUACAACAACGUCCUGUUCCAGCCGGAGAUGUUCUCGUUCUGGGCGAAGGUGCCGACGGUGCGAGCCGUGAUGCUGGCCCACCCGGAGGCAGAGUGGAUCUGGUGGGUCGACUCCGACGCCGCCAUAACCGACAUGGAUUUCAAGCUCCCAUUGGACCGGUACAAGGACCACAACCUGGUAGUCCACGGGUGGGUCAACCUGAUCUUCGAGAAGAAGAGCUGGACCAGCGUCAACGCCGGCGUCUUCCUGAUCCGGAACUGCCAAUGGUCAAUGGACUUCAUGGACGCGUGGGCGAAGAUGGGUCCGCAGUCGCCGGAGUACGACCGGUGGGGGGAAAUCCAGAGGAGCACAUUCAAGGACAAAUCGCUGCCGGAAUCCGACGACCAGUCCGGCCUGAUUUACUUAAUCCUGAAAGAAUCCGAAAAAUGGGGGAACAAAAUCUACGUGGAAAGUCAAUAUUACUUCGAAGGGUACUGGCUGGAAAUCGUGGAAACGCUUCAGAACAUCUCCGACCGGUACCUGGCGAUAGAGAAACAGGCGGGGAAACUCCGGCGGCGGCACGCGGAGAAGGUGAGCGAGAGCUACGCUAUGGUGUGGGAGGAGUACCUUAAGGACGCCGGGUACGGGAAGUUUAGCUGGCGAAGGCCGUUCAUCACGCACUUCACCGGCUGCCAGCCGUGCAGUGGGGACCACAACCAGGCGUAUUCCGGCCAGGUUUGCGGCGAGGCGAUGCACAAGGCGCUUAAUUUCGCGGAUAAUCAGGUGCUGCGCAGGUACGGGUUCGUGCACCGGGAUCUACAGGAUACCUCCACCGUGGUGCCUAUACCUUUCGAUUAUCCGGCUUAGAUUGCAAAAAAAAAGUACUCCGUAUGACUAAUGUGAAGUAUUUAUAUUUAUGCGUAUGAUUGGAUAAUUAUUAUGAUGAAGGGGUCCAGUAUCCAUAUCCAUGUUUGGAAUUAUAAUGCUUUGUAUUGGUUAUUCUAGUCCAUUGGUUCAUUGGUUUCGUUUAGUGUGCACAAACUCGUAUAGACUGUUUUCCCUUA